AUGGAGCGGGACGACAAGAAGUCCAAGGAUGCCAUCCCAGAAUGGGACGGUAACCCAGGGCGUUGGCGUCACUUCGAGACGGCUGUGAAGUGGUUCCCUCGCACGCUCAAGCGGCAGGAGAGGGACCUGGCGGCGAACCGGAUCAUUGGACGCAUGCUGCAGAGCAAGACGAUAGCGAUCAGGACGUUUGCGACCACUCUGGAUCCGGACCGAUAUGAGAAUCCGAAUGGCCACCUCCUCCUCUUGGACGACCUGAGGAGCAGCCCGCUAGAGAAGCUUCCGAUCCCAGACGCAGCCCACAAGAUCAAGCACUACUACAAGGAUUUCAAGCGGCGCAAGGGCGAGACGGUGGGCGCGCUCUUGAUCCGGGAGCAGGACUGCUACUCGGAGAUGGUCCAGGCGCUGGAGCGCCUCCUCGAGGAGAUGGGCGACAAUGAUAAGUUCAAGCAGUGCCAGGAGUGCUUCGGCUACUUCGAGCGAGGACAAGGCGCUGCUGGACGUGGACAAUGGUACUGCCAGAGGUGCUGGGACACCUGGGACGGCAACCCCGACACCCCGGUCCUCCGCGGCUUCUUCCUGCUCGAGGCGAUGGACUUCACCGAGAAGGAGAAGCAGGACGUCCGCGUGGUCACGCAGAACCGCUUGGACUUUGACGCGAUCUCCAAGGCUUUGAAGGAGCGCUGGGAGGACAAGGCGCUUGUGCAGCGGGACUUCGGACCGAGGGCUAUGCCUCGGUACGGCCCGGAGGCGGGCCCGCAGUCGGCCCUCACCGCCGAGUUUGAUGAUGUACACGGGCCUGAUUGGUACGAUGGCUACGCGGCGGCGGUCCAGGCGUGGGAGAACGAAGGGUACGACCACCACGAGGACGAGGACGACUACGAUAUCGAGGAGGAGCCGCAGCUAGCCCCAGAGCCGGAAGGAUCCGAGGCCGUGGAUGAGGAUCUCAACCACCUCAAUGAGGAGCUCGAGGCGGCCCAGGCGAUGGCGGCAGAGGCGUCACGCCCGAAGGGCGGCAAGGGCGGCAAGUACCGCGACAGGGACCGCGACCAGAAGGGCAAGAAUGCGAACUACCUGGAGUUUCACACGAUCACGCACGGGUUCGACGAGCUCCAGGGUAUGUACCAGGCAGAGCAGAACGACAGCGGCCUCGCCCCUUCUGAGGCCAUGGUCGAUUGCGGGGCUUCCGCGUCCGCCGGAGGCGAGCGCGCAGUCCAGGCACUGAUUGCCGCCGUUGCGGCCGCGAACCCCCAGGCCAGGAUCGAGAUCAACCAAAAUGAAAGACCGUGGUUUCGUUUCGGAGACAAUAAGUGGGGCAAGGCACUGUAUAAGGUUUCGGUCGCGUUCGAGCCGGGCUUCGUUUUAGGCAUCUUCGCUCUCAGCCCUGGUAUACCUCUCGUUUUGUUGGGAAUGACUGCUCUGGAGUCGUGGCCGGCAAUCGUGAAUUUCCGAACCGGGGAGGCUGUGAUCAGGGGCCAACUGGUGCAGCUUCGCAAGACCCCAGUCAAGGGCCAUUGCAUCCUCGAUCUGGUGAAGCACGUUUCCGAGAUCUUAAACCCGACCGAGAAAAACACCGAGGGUCUUGCAAAGGACGAAUGGGUACCUGUCGACAUGGAUGCCGACAAGAAGGAGGAGGGCGCGGAGGUAAAGUCACCUUCGGCGGCAGCGAGCUCCGGACCUACGACCCAGGUCAAGCGGGAGUUCGUCUUCAACGGCCAGAAGAUGGAGUACGUCACCUCGGAGGGCAAGGUCAAGGAGAGAGAUCCGGGCAGCACGCACCAGGGUCGCAAGAAGGAGAAGCAGAUGGAGAUGGACCCGGCGUUCGCGCUGCAGGCGGACCCCCGCGACCCGAGGACCACACGGGGACCGUGCGGCAAGAUGCAUCGCAAGUACUUCACGGUCAACAACCAGUGGGGCCAGACCAGGACAUGCUAUCGGUGCGGGCUGAGGCUGCUCUACAUCCCGACGACGAAGGCGCCGAUGACGAACCUCAACAUGCAGCAUCCGAAGUUGGUGGAGUCCGGCCUGGAGUUGGUGCGGCACUGCAACCUGUGGGAGACGGCCAAUCACGAGCAGGUGACCGCGAUGAUCAACAUCGCCACCUCCCUCCGGAGGCUCCCCGGGACCGAGAUCCGCCACGCGCCGGACGCGCUGCUGGAGAUGCUGGGGGCAGCGAACCCCAGGUCGCUACUCGCAGGACUGGCCUUGGUCAUGACCGUGGGCACGAUCACCGAGGCGGUGGAGAUCUGCUGCCAUCCCAACAGCAUGCUGACCGACGAGUGCACCAAGAUCGGCCUCAGCAUGGAGAGGAUCAGCAUCGAGAACGGUUACAACCUCAGCACGAAGGCGGGGUUCGAGGCUGCUGGCAAGAAGCUGGACGAGGUGAUGCCGAAGCGGGCUUGGAUAUCGCUACCAUGCACGCUAUGGACUUCGCUCACGAACUUCAACUACCAGACCCCAGAGGCACGUGCACGCCUAGAGAAAGACCGACUUCGAGACCGACGACGUGUGAAGUAUGGAGUUCUCCUGUUGCUAAAGAUUGUUGACUACGGAGGCGAGGUCUACUUCGAGUGGCCCCACAGGUGCCAAGGCUGGAAGAUUCCCGAGCUCAAUUUUCUUCGUAUGGAGUUGAGGCGUCGGGGCCGACACGUCUUCGAGGAUCGGAUCGACGGGUGCAUGUACGGCCUCAGGGAUUACAACACCAACGAGCUCGUCGAGAAGGGCUGGAGGAUCCUGACCACCGACCCGGAGUUCUCCAAGGUCGCGACCGUGUGUGACCGUUCACACGGUCACCGAGUCAUCAACGGGAAGCAGCACACCGCAGCCACCGCCUACUACCCGCAGGCGAUGUGCAAGGCGAUCGCUCGGCUGUGGCAUGCUCAACUCCGGACACCGAUCGACCUCAACAUGGCCCUGGAGAACCCUGCUGUCCUAGACCUCGAGAAUACCUACCUGAUGGAGCGGGACACCGGGAGCAUCUACGUCGCUGAGCCCACGGAUCUCGAGAGGGAGCAGGUGCGCGCGAUGUUGAGCAGGAUCCACAAGGCUGCAGGCCACCCAGGGAACGAGCACUUGGCGUACUGGUGCAAGAAGCGGCAGUGUCCACGCUGGAUCAUCGAAGAAGCGAUCAACCUUCGCUGCGAGGCGUGCGACCUGGUCAAGCAUGGCCUCUCCCACAAGGUCAAGGCGAGCCUCGACAUCCCCAUGGCACCUUGGCAGGCAGCCGUCAUGGACGUUUCUGACCUGACGUUCCCGGACUUGAAUGUGAAGGCCCGGUUUCUCCUCAUCGCAGAGGUCGCCACCGGCCUGAUGUGCGGGGACAUCACUGCGAAGAUCGGCCUCAAGGACAAGGGCACCGAUUCGUCAGCUACACUGUUCACGACGUUUGCCAGAGCCUACCUUCAACACUAUCCAAAGCCAAGGUGGGUUUUCGUCGAUCCUCAGACCUCUUUUGUGGGCGGCGAGUUUAAAGACAACUGCCAGUUGGCCGGCAUCGGCGUCUCAGCGAAACCAGGAGGAGCACAUUGGAUGGCUGGCGACAUCGAGCGCCGCAUCUCGAUCGUCAAGCAGGUGAUGAGGAAGCUUCGCCUACAAUAUCCCAAGCUGAGUCCCGAGACCGUGUUUUACAUCUCGAUUGCGGCGGCCAACAACAUGGACAACAUCAAGGGCUACACGCCGAUGCAGUGGGCUUUCGGGUUUUCUCCGACCGAGGACCCUAUCUUGGCGCACAACGCAGCUACCGGCAAGUUGAAGUCCGACUUCUUCGAGAUCGAGCGGGUGCGAGCGGAUGCGGAGGCCACCUACCUCAAGGAGAAGGCGUCCAGGAAGAUCUCAGAGCUUAAGAACUCAGCCCCACGACAAGACUUCUUCACAGACGGCUUGUUCAUCGGACCGGGUCGGGUUUUGUUCUCCGAGCCAGCGGUUCAGGCCGGCAACAAGGACGGCGUGAUCUGGGUCAUCAUGGGCAACCGAUGCUGGCGUUGCGCAGCUGAGCAGCUGCGGCCAGCCACGCAGUCGGAGAUCAUCCAGAUCAACCUGAAGAAGGACGACAUCCUCAACAGUCCGCUCGAGGACGUCUGGAGGCACCUCCAGGACUUUGACGACAUAGCCGGGGAGCCCUACCCAACGGCAGAUGAUGGCAUGAGGAUGCUACCGCGUCAACCUCUUGAAGGCAUGCCGAGGGUGAUCGAGAACCCCGAUGUGGCCGUGGAACCCCACGACGUCACGGAGGCAGAGGGCGACCAGGAGGUAGACGAGGCGGCGAGCGACCACGCGGAAGCCAGCGAGAUCGACAUUAUCAACUUCGUGCAGGAUCCGAAUAACGAGUCCGAGAUGGACCUGAUGAAGAUCGAGAUCGAGGCCGACCUUGAGGAGUUCUGCUUCGAUGCGAGCGCGUACUUGGAGAAGCAGCUGAACCGCGUGGCCAACAACACGGUCAAGAAGGGCGUGGAGGUUUCGUUUGGCCGCCUGAGCCCCGAGGAGAAGCCACUGUUCCAAGAGGCAAUGGCACGGGAGCUGGCGGAACAUCUGGAAGUACCGACAGUCCGGGCUGCAUCUGCUUACGCUGACUACAAUCAUGGAAAAGAUAUUCCAGCGGACAAGCUGAUCAAGAUGAGGUGGCUACUGACCUGGAAGCCUCUGACGCCACCUGAACCGCCGGACAAGUCGGACCCACACCCCGUGAGCACGCCGGACGGGAAGUUCAAGGCGAAGGCCCGUAUCAUUCUGUUGGGCUUUUCACAUCCGGACCUUGUCAGUCGAGACAAGUUCGGAGAUCGGGAUCAGGACGGCACCGUGUGCGGGGUCAUCGGCUCACACGUGGACGACUUCGGCAUCGCGGGCGACAGCGACAACAAGUUCUACCUCGACAUGAAGAACAUGCUGAAGGAGAUGCUGCGGUGGUCUCCAUGGCGAACCACGCCGUGCAUGUGGGCAGGCAUGUGGAUCACACAGGAGCCGUCGGGCAAGAUCCAUGCCAGCCAGGAGGAGUUCUGUCACCAGCUCCUCGAGAUCAGGGUCGAGUCCGGCAAGUAUCUCUCGAAGGAUGACAAGCUCAAGCCGGAGGACGUCACCCAGUUCAGGGCGGGCCUGAUGAAAUGCCAGUGGAGAGCGACACAGACAGCACCGCAGUUCUCGUGCCGGGUAUCACUGUUGGCUCAGCGGGUGAACGAGGCGACGUUCGGGGACCUGAAGGACACGAACGCCCUCAUACGCGAUGUGAAGCGGACAGCUCGUGACUCAUUGGUGUUCCACAACUUCAACAGCAACUGCGGUGGUAAGCUGAAGUGGGACGACCUAGUGAUUGUGACGUGGGUCGACGCAAGCAGGCUACACCAACGAGGCGGCUACAUCGUGGGUUUCACGACGGCCGAGAUUCUCAAGCAGAAGGAAUGUGCAGUCUCUAUCGCCGACUGGAGAUCGUACAAGCUCAAGCGCACCGGCAUCGGCACCAAUGUCUGCGAGGGCCAGGCUCUGUACGACGGAGAGAACGCCGCGUACUUGAUGCGCUUGCUGUGGUCAGUCAUGCACGGAGUUCCAGUUACCGCGCACACCCAGGAGGAAGUGGCGCAAUCUAUGACCUCAGUGCUGGUGAUCGACAGUCGGGGAGUUUACGACUCGGUCCACAACAAGGAGAGCUUCGGCAUAGGCCUGAGCGACGCGAGGACCGGCGUGGAGGUAUUGCACGUGAAGGCGAACUGCGGGCCCGAGAAGAAUCAGCACCUGGUCUGGGUGCCCUCGGACCUCAACCUCACCGACGGCCUCACGAAGGACAGUCCUGAGGCUAGGAAGCCUCUGGCGCUGUGGCUUGCGCGGCGCACCUGGAUCAUCAGGUACGACGAGGAUUUCAUGUCAGCCAGGAAACGACAGCGAGCUAACAGACUCGCUCAGGACAAGCCGCAGCCGACUACUGACGCUGAAGCCGAGGCCGCCGACGCUUUAGCUUUUCUCGACCUAUCUUGA